AUGACUAAACGAGGCUCGUUAUCGGAUGAAUACUAUGCAAUGGCAGCAACCUCAGUACCUGGCUUGCUUGAAAGUCCUGAAAUGGACGAAUUACUAUUUGAAGAGGACUUUUCUUCGCAUGGAUCGCUCAAUAGCCUUACUACCCAACCAGAUACUAGUACAACCACAACGGGCUCGACAAAGGAGAAACGUCGUCGCCUCUCUCAACAUGAAACAAAUACACUCCUUGAAGUCUUUGUCAGAAUGCCAAAACCAUCAUCGGAAGUGAGGAAUGCAUUAGCUGAAUCAAUGGGGCUUCCACAGCGAGUUGUUGCAAUCUGGUUUCAAAACAAGAGAGCAAAGUCAAAGAGAGAAGCAGUAAAGAAUGCUGUAGAGGCAGAGCCGGUUGUGGAAGUGAAGCCUGUUGUGGAAGUGAAGCCAAACUUUGGAGUUCUCUAUAGCAGUGCUAACCUGCCACUAUUAUUACCGAAUCCUCAGCAAACACAGACACAACUCCAGAUUCAACCGCAGCCUCAGCAUCAAACCCAACCAAACGCAUUUGCUGCGACAAGAAGAGCUUUAUUAAUGCCAGAUGCUGGUGUUUCUGGAGUGCCUCUGAAUCUCACGCCAUACUUCCCAGUCCGUCGUCCCGUCCCCGCCAUGAAUCACCAGCAGCAGUAUAUGCCUCAAUAUCAACAGCAGCCUAUGCCGCAGUUGCCUCAAGAAUUCCCCCACAUAGUGCCGCAAGUAGUGCCUCAUCAUAGUCAGAUGCCUCGCCAGAUUGUACAUAACACAGCUUCUCAAGUGAUUCAGCCAACGAGUAUAAUAUCUGAAGUCAAAAGCACUGUAGAAUUCAUCUCUGUAUCACCAAGGGGUAUGUCUCCUAUCGCAGAAAGUCACGGAACACCUCCACAGCUUCUUGGAACUGAAUCACCAGAACCGUUACCGCAUGCCACACCAUCACCGCAUAUGAAAUCCGAAUCGCCGCAAAUUGAUACAAGCAGCACUCAACUGAAACACCAACAACCUUUAACAAUCGUAAACUCAACAAUGCAAAUAUCCAGUCUCAAUAUAACAGGAAUGCGGUCUGAUGAUAGUACAGCAUGUACAUUACUAUCUCCAGUACUUCCAUCAACUAUAUCGACAGCCUUCAAAACACACUACGAUGCACGAGACUCACCUGUAUCAUCCAAAGCAUUGAGUGAUGAUGUUGCCGGAUGUGGUCCCUUCUUGGACGAAAUGAUCGCUCCGUUAUCACCCGUCAACCAGCUUCAUACAAUCGGAUUGGGUAUCUCACACUCUACUCGAUCAUACAGUACAUCAUCAUCAAUCGAAAUGAGUGAAUUCAAAUCUGUGUUUAAUACACCGAGAAAGAUGUCGGCUGCUUCGUCGUUGGAAUUCCUAGAUUCGCCUGUAGCUGAUAUUGAUGAUGAUCAUAGUUGGGAGUGCUCUGCGCCGAAGCGCUCGAGAACAAAUAGUAUGGGUGAUGUGAAAUCUAGAGGUAGUAGUAUGAUGGAGCGCUCAAGUAGUGUUACGGAUGUUUCACUAUCUCAGCUUUUGAAAGGACUGUAA